AUGUCGUCAGUUAAAGUGGCAGUUCGUGUACGGCCCUUCAAUGACCGUGAGAAAAACAUGAACGCGCAGCUCUGCAUUAGUAUGGAGGGGAAGGCCACAACAAUUGACAACGCCGAAGAUCCCAAGGGCGGGAAGAAAACAUUUUCUUUUGACUACUCCUACUGGUCCCACGAUGGCUUUGAAAACGACGAAACAGGCUACUCCCGUCCCAUUAGCUCGAAAUACGCAGAUCAGCAACGUUUGUACAACGAAAUUGGGAAGGAUGUGCUCAACAACGCUUACGAAGGCUACAAUGCAUGUCUGUUUGCCUAUGGCCAGACUGGGGCUGGGAAGAGCUACUCUAUGGUUGGAUACGGAGCAAACAAAGGCAUCAUUGUGCGUGCAUGCGAGGAGAUAUUCGCGCGUAUCGGUGCAAAUACAGACCCAAAUCUACUAGCCGAGGUGCAAAUCAGCAUGCUUGAAAUAUAUAACGAACAGGUGCAGGACCUUUUGAUGCCCAUAGAAAAAAGGCCCAAGGGAGGCCUCAAAAUCAGACAUACCCCACAGCUGGGGACGUUUGUACAAGACCUCACAAAAUGCCCUGUUGAUUCGUACGCUGCUAUCCAAGCAAAGCUUGAUGAAGGAACAGCCAAUCGGACGGUUGGAGCGACGCUCAUGAAUGCGACAUCAUCGCGUGCACAUACUGUGCUACAAAUUAACUUUCGGCAAGUUACCGUAGACGCUGGCAGCGGAGAGCCAGUUUCACAGAAAUCUUCGGAGAUAAGCUUGGUGGACCUUGCGGGGAGUGAAAGGGCUGGGUCUACGGGUGCAACAGGUGACCGUUUGAAAGAAGGAUGUGCUAUUAAUCAGAGCCUGAGUGCUCUAGGAAACGUCAUAUCUGCUCUUGCGGACAAAGCAGCUGGGAAGCUCAAACCGGGUCAGGUUGUGCCGUAUAGGGACUCUGCUCUCACCCGCAUCUUGCAGACGGCUCUUGGUGGCAACAGCAAGACGUGCAUGAUUGCAGCCUUAUCUCCAGCCACAGUGAAUUAUGAAGAAACCCUGAGCACGCUCCGCUACGCAGAUCGUGUCAAGCAAAUAAAAAACGAAGCUACUGUGAAUGAGAACCCCCUCGAGAAGCUUAUUCGGGAGCUUCGAGAAGAAAACGAAAGGCUGAAGACCGCUAUGGGUGGCGGUUUGCCAGAUACCGCGCCGGGUGCAGCGGCUGACCCGCAGAUGGUGGAGGAACUCCGAAGACAAUACGAAGAGGAACUUGAGGCGAACAGAAGGGCCUUACAAGAAAUGACAAUGUCAUGGCAAGAUAAGCUAGAAGCCGCAAAAAAAAGGAGACCCACAGGUGUAGAAGUCUGGGAUACAGAACAACUAACGCUACCUUAUCUCAGCAACCUCAAUGAAGACCCGUUGCUAUCCGGAAAGAUCGUUUUCGCACUGCAGGAAGGAAGUAGCACCAUUGGGAAGCCUGGGGGGAAUAAUGAGCCUAAUUUCCGCAUCGGUGGGCUUGGAGUAUCUCCUCUGCACGCUGUCAUUGAUGUAAGACAUAUUCAAGACGCAGGAGACGACAGCGGUGAAACAGCUUAUGAAGUGGUGCUAACCGCACAUGGGAAGACUUCCAUCAACGGAAUUAUCCUUGGGGAGAACGAGUCAAAGCUUUUGGAACACAAGGAUAGGGUAAUAUUCGGACAUAACAAUAUGUACGUCUUCGUUGACCCAACGGAUAUGGACAAGACACUGCCGUCGUGGGAAGAGGGAAUGAGAGAGGUGACGAAAGAUGUUAUUGAUGAGUGCGCGACUCAACAAACCCCGCAGGCCAAGCUGGCUGAUCUAAAAUACCAGGAAAAGUGGGAAAAGUUACAGGCGGAUAUACAGCUUUUCGAAUCUGAAAAGAAGGACCUACUUAGGAGGGUCAAGGAUAAGGAAGCUCUCGUUCUCGCUAGUGAAGAAGACCAAGCUGAAGCAGAGAGAAAACUGAAGGCGGUUGCCGCUGAAAAACAAGCUAUGUUGCAGGAAUUAGGCAGAAAAGAAGACGAGCUAAGGGCAAGGCGCUUGCUAUUGGAGAGGGAACAGAGUGAAGAGGCAAAACGGCAAGAUGCUGAGAGGGCAGCUCAUAUUUUUCUGCAAGAGGUCAUAGGCAAGACAGCGCUGCUUGUAGAAGAGGCUAAUGGAUAUGCCCAGGAACUUGGAGUGGGCGUUUACUUUUCGCUCAAGCUAAACACCAAGUUAAGGAGCGCUGGAUGCCUAAGGAGCACCCUAAUCGGAACAUCGUUACAACAAACAGAGAUCGUAAUCCGCGUGCAGAGAGUGGACUCAGAUGUUGUGCAGCUAUGGAACUUGGAUUUGUUCGAAAAAAAGGUUUUCGAAAUGAGGGAACUGUACACACAAUGGGCGGCUGGGCCAAGGACAGAAUCAUAUAUAAAAGAGGGCGGAACAGAUCCUUUCGCUUUGGAUAUGGAUAGCUACCAGGUAAUUGGGGAGACCUACCUGUACCUUGAUACAAUUCGCUGCCUUUUGCCUAUUGAUUCAGAGGUGUUCCCAAUCAUUGAUGCUAACGGGAAAGUGUGCGGCAAGCUUACCCUUUCCGUUGGGAUUGAAGUUACCUCGAACUCCGACGAAGCUGACGGCGUGCAGCCUUCUACGAUGCAGAUUAUGUACCGCUGGCUGGACGGGGAGACAGAUGUUUCGAUGAUAUCCUUAGAACAAGCUUCCCGCAAUCCUGUUUUCAACAAUUCAAGGAGCUUCACCAUAGGAGUCGAUGAUUCCACAGCUGAAAUGCUGAGUGGCGCCCUGGUCUUUGAAGUCAGCGGCAAAAUGGUUGAAAAAAAGUCCAAACCGAAGCUAAAAAAGGGCCACACGGCGAAGACCUCCAACGCUGUCUUGUUAAAGAAGGAAUUAGAAGAGAGUACCAAGGCCUUACACUGCGUAGAACAAGUUCUAAACAGCGAAGGGAUAUCGAUUCAAGCGCUUGUCGGCGACUUAUGA